CCCCAAGUAAGUAAUAUAUAAAUUACAAACCAUUCCUAUUCGAUUCAUUUGCUCGUGAUCUCUCGUACAAGUCAUAUUCUAUUCUACGCCUUAUCAUGGGUGUCUUCAGAUUGCUCGUAGUUUUUACAGUAGCUGCAGUCAUUGGAGUUUCACUAGCUCGUCCUUCCACGGAACAGAUGAUGGAAGUUUUGCUGAGAUACAAGCAGCUGUGUAUCAACAUGAGCGGUUCGGAUGAAGGCUACCGGGAAACGUUACCCGCUAUCUCGGAAGCCAGAACCUGUCUGUUUGAUCGUAUCGAUCUUCCUCAGAUGAAACUGGAUGCGUCAACACUAACGGAAACAUCACGGAAGGAGUUUUUCGAUAAAUAUUGUCCGAAGUUCAACGAAUCGGUCAGCUGUUUGGAUGGCGUUUUCGAAGGAAUAUCCAAAUGUACUGGAGAAGAAGAGGAGAAGAUGGUUCCGGUUUACAAAGCUGUUGCAUAUGGAGUCGUUGAGCUGCUUUGCGAAAACGACGGACAGUUUAUGUUUGAGAUUCAGAAACCAGAGUUCAUGGCUUGUGUAGCUCAACUCAAAGAGAUUGCCGAGGAGUGUAGACUUUCGAAUGAAACCCAAUUUGUUUCCUUGUUGCGAUAUGGUGAAGACGAGUGCCAUGAAGCGGAAAAAUCUAAAGAAUGUGUUAAAGAAAGGAUUGAAACAUGUAAUGCUCCAGGAGUAUAUCAUUUAUAUGAAGUGUUUUACAACAAAAUUAUGAAGUUCUCUAACUGUGAUAAGUAUACUAAAGUGGUUCACCUCUACGACAACAAUAUUGAUAAUGCCUCAUCGAGAGACUGAUAGUUGGGACUAUGAUAUGUUUUCCAAAGAAGGAAUAAAACCGUGUGCAACCAGAACUCAAUAUGUUUUUGUGAACAUAUUUAAUAUUGUUUAUCAUGUCAAUAAUACGUUAUAUGAAAAAUGCUAAAAGAGAAAUUAAAAAUCAUGUUCGUUUUUAU